AAAAAAAGAAAGAGAAGAUGAAGAUGAAGAAAGAGAACCAGGUAGAGCUUAAAUUUUCUUCUCUUCUCUUCUCUGCGCUGUCUCUUUUUCUUUCCUUCCUUUUGAGUGUAGAGUUUGAGUGACCUCUUCUUCUUCAUCUUCUGUUUACAUUCACAAUCAAAACCCUUUUUAUUUAUUUUCUUUUUUCUCUCUCAUCUUGUUAAUGUGUUUUUUCUCUCGCAAUAAUCAACAAUUAACUACUUAAUUUCCAAUUGUUAAAAGUGAUAUCAUCAUAAUCAAUCGUCAUCAUCACACAAUCGAAACACAAAAUAUCAUCUAACUGGUUAACCAAAAACUCGGUGAAAAAAAAGAGAGAAAAAUAUCAACAACAUUCUACUUAUUCCAAUGAUUAAUUGCUCGUUUUUGUCUUGUCAAUGAGUAACAAUGUUUAUCGGGGCGUUAAUUGUGUACAAUUGAGAUUAUGGACUGGAUAACAAUCUGAUACCCAAGCGACAAGUGACUCUCUCUCUCUCUCUCUCAUUGGAUUAUCAUUGACAAGCAUAAUGUGUGGAGGAAGGUGCAAGGCCAAUGCUCACCACCUUGAUAUAAGAAUUGAUAAUAAUAAUUUUCAAUUAUACGCCAAUUGAAAAUAUAAUUUUCGCUUCAUCUUGAUUGUAUUUAAGGUAGUCAAACUGUCAUCAUCAUCCACAUCAUCCUCAUCUCAUCAUCAACAGAAAUAACAACAACAACAAUAUCAUCAUCACAAUCGGCACCAAUUACAUCACCAUAAUCAGUUCUCUAUCGCUAUUGCUUAUAUAUAAAGUUUUUGAGAGCAUUUUUGUCUCCCUCUCUGCUUUUCUCUAUCUUAGUUGUGUGUGUGUGUAUAUUAUAUUGGUUGACAAUUUAGAAAACAUCAACAAUUAGCUUUAUCCUUCUAAUUAUUAACGUGACAAUAACCUCUUUUAACUUUAAUUAACCGGCCAUUGGAAUCGUUUUUCUCUCUAAUUUGUUUUAAUUGUUACGAAGUGAUUGUUUGCAUUUCUCUCUCUCUCUCUUUUGGUUAUUUUGUUUAUCCUUCGAUUUAAUAUCGAAAUAUUAUCUCGAUACCUUGAGAACCAAUUGUUAACAAUUCAACCAUUUUCUCGCCAACUCAAGACUAUUUUCUGUGGGAGGAAGAAGGUCGUGAAGACGGUGACGAAGAAUUGACCUGCACCACGAGUGGUAGCAAUUUUGGUUCGAUUAAAGGACGAAAAGGACGAGGUAAAAGCGUUGGAACAACUCGUAUAGUUAAUCUAUCAACUGUGGCGAAAGAAACAAUUUCAAUAAGACCAACAAUUAUCAGUAGAAAGACAAUGAUGAUGAUGGAAAAUGGUCAAUCAACUAAGCGAGAAUCCGAUAAAUCGUUAACCCUUAAAUUAUCCAAAUCAAAAGGUUCACAUGAUAGGAAAAGUUUCACCUUUGGUCGAAGUUCAAAGAAUAAAUCAACUGGAAUUAUUCCACCAACUUCGAUUGCCUGUCAAUCAUCUGGUUCUCUAGAUGAAUCCAAGGAGAAUAAUUCAAUCGAUGGUGAAUCAAUAACAAGUAAAGACACUUUACCAAGUGAGGAGAAAUUUUCUGGACAAGGGAUUACCUUUAAAGCCAAACUAAUCGGUGUUGAUCCAGUUACUGGACCAAGAGGUGAUAAGAUGUGCCAAUCGGCUUUACAACGUUUAAAGGCAUUAAUAAAGGAAACAGGAUCUCAUAAGCAACGAAUCGUCAUCAAAAUAUCAUUGGAAGGUGUAACAAUUAAAGAUGAAAAAUCCGGUGAAUCAAUUAGCUCUUAUUCAAUUCCAUUGAUUUCCUACAUUGCACGAGAUGCGAGUGAUAAACGCGCUUUCGGUUUUGUUUAUGGUUCUCCCGAUACUGGGCAUCAAUUCAUUGGAAUUAAAACCGAGAAAUCGGCAAUCCCUGUGAUGAAAACUAUCGGUGAAUUGUUUACUUACGUUUACGAGCAAAAGAAGCGCAAUCAAAGUGUUGACAGUGGUACUUCCGGAGAUGCGACAAGUGAUGGUGACCUUGGGCCAUCGUCCAUCAUUGAAACAAACUCAAAAUCUCUUAGUAAAAAGUUAUCAUCUAAUCAACAAGAGAUCAAUAAUCUACCACCACUAUUACCACCGCCUAGAAAUGAAUCAGCGGCUUCUGAUUUUAAUGGAAAUGUCUUCACAGCCAACUUUGAUGAUGCCUUUGUGAAUAUGUCUAAUCUAAAGGAGCUCAUUGCUUCAGCCAAACAAGCGAGUGAUCCUUAUGCCACUUGGGAAUCUUUUGAUGAUGAUUUUGCUUCACUUUCGUUGGAUACAUCAGGUCGAAGUAAACCAGGCCAAAAGUCAAACCAAUCAACCACCGCGGCCAAUAACUUACCCGUAGUACCUUCACCUCCAAGAUCACCCGGCCGGACCAGGGAACUUUCAGCUAUACUCAAAAUUAAACCGCCUGUUAAUACUUCUCGUAAAAAUAGAAGUGGACUUUCUAGUGGUGCCGAUAGUCCAUCAAGUUUUACCAGUAGUUUUACCAAUAUCAAUGAUCCUCCUUACCAGUGGUCAUCAUCAUUUGAGCUCAUUGCUUCAGCCAAACAAGGAGUGAUCCUUAUGCCACUUGGGAAUCUUUUGAUGAUGAAGAUCACCCGGCCGGACCCAGGGAUUUCAGCUAUACUCAAAAUUAAACCGCCUGUUAAUACUUCUCGUAAAAAUAGAAGUGGACUUUCUAGUGGUGCCGAUAGUCCAUCAAGUUUUACCAGUAGUUUUACCAAUAUCAAUGAUCCUCCGGCUAGCCCAGCAAUCAGCUCACUGGUCAAUUCAAACACUCCAGGUCCAAGCUCUCAUAACGGAGUUAGUGUUAGCAGUAAUGUUGAUCAUCAACAGCACAACACAUCUUCAGCUGGUGACAGAUAUGCUGUCUUUUCUGAAAUCAAUUCGAUGACCUCAAGUAUUUUCGAUGAAUUAGCUGAAGAAAAAAAGAAACAGGAACAACAAGAAACGCAAUAUCAUCAUCAACAACAACUACUACAACAGCAACAGCAACUUGCUGCUCUACAACAGCAACUCCAAUUGCAACAACUACAGUUGCAACAACAACUUCAAUUUCAACAGCAACUUCAAUUGCAACAACAGCAACAACAUCCUUCGGCUUGUAACAGUGUAAUUGAAUCGCUUGUUGCCUCGAAUCGAUCAGUCACCCCACAAUCGAUUGACUCUCGAUCAUCUCGAUCACCUUCAAGUUUAUCUAAUCCUCGUUUCUCAGAACUUUCGUCUUCAUCAAACGCUCGCUUCUCACCCUACUGCCAAACGGAGUCAUUUAUCAAUCCCAGUUUAGAAAAUCUUUCUCCUCUUCCGCCGCCUCGUCCUCCACCCCGAGAAUUUCAUGAUAACUCAAAUAGCUCCCAAAGUACAUCUCAUGAUGGUUCACCACCACCACCAGUACCACCGAAACCAAUGAAAAGUGAUACUGAAUGUGAUAUGCGACCUCCUCCAUUACCCAAACGAAAACCAUCAAAUCCAAAUAACAUUUUAUCCUCUUCCUCUUUAUCAAUGAUAUCUGGUGAACUUGGUGCUGCACUUAAGCUGUCCACUAAUCCAUUUUACGAUUCAUUAGAAUCAAAGUCUUUUGGGUCAACCUCAGUUCAGCCUCCGGAAAGAUUUGCCCCACCCUUACCAGCACCUCAAAGGAAACUUCAAUCUCAUAAUUCAUCAUUAAAAGGUUACAAUGUAACUUCAACUGCGAAUGAUUUUUAUGUCAAUAAUCGUCAACUUCAAAGCCAAUAUCAAAAGUUACAACAAUCGCAACAACUUAAUCAUCCUAAUCAACAAUCAGCAUCAACUCAAUUAUCAAUUACUCCAACCACUUCGAUGGUCAGUGCAUCGAGUUCCGGAAUGUAUGAUCCUUUUGAUUUUGCUUUUAUCACCAAUACUCUUCAAUUGACCGAUUCCUCUCGAACUUCAAAUAAUAUCCCAUCUCGAUCGGAAGAUAGAUCAAGUUCUCGUCCUGGAUUAACUACCGGAUCAUUUUCUAUAAGUCAAACUCCUGUUUGUUAUCUCGGAGAUGAUUAUCUAUUGGAUAAUAAUAACUCCCUUAGUCGAUCAGUAAUCGGCUUAGAUGAAGCUAAACUUAGUCGUGGAUCAUCAUAUUCAUCGGAUUCUUUACCAGCGAUGAGAUUAAAUUUAUCAAAUAGUUACGAAGCUAGUAAAAAUUUAGAGCGUUUCUCAACUCCACUUUCUACUUUCAGUGAUUCAAUGGGAAAACCUUUUAUUCACCAUAAUCAUCAAGUAUCACAGAUUAACCCAAAUGAGGGAUUAAAUCUAAACUCAUCUGGAUCAUAUUCAAUCUGUGAACCAAAUUUACAAAAUUCCUCCGCCAUUAAAUCAACUCCUCAACUCUCACAAAUAUCAAAUAUCACCAGAAUCACUCCGGGUUUUAUUGAUUCUUUUACCGGAGAAAUGUCAUUCAACACCUCACAAGAUGCCAACAAUUCAAUAUUUGAACCUUGGAAGGCACUUUCAAGCCUCGAGAAAUCAAAUUCACUCACUGAGGCCAUUUUACGCUCUUCUCCGGCCCCAUCUUUCACUGGAAGUGUAACAGGAAUAGCUAAUACUAGUAAUAACAUGGCCACUGGUCUUGGUGCUAUGAUGAUGACCAGCGGUGAUCCCAAUCAAAUGACACAAACUGCUAUUCAACAACAACAACGAUACAUUAAUAAAUCAUCACUAGCACCAAACAAUAGCGAUCUAAGUGGCCGUAACCCGUCGCCUUUUAAUCAUUUUGGUGUAGAGCAUGUUAGCCCACCCGAACGUAACAUAUUCCGUAAAGAAAACGAUCCAUUUGCCGAUGAUUUUUUCCAGCCUGAUACAAGUUCCAGUUGAUUAGAUAAAUUGUCCCGAUGAACAAUUAAUCUAUUUCCCUCUUUCUCUGUAAACUGCAAAUAAAUUAUACAUAAUUAAUAUUCCCUCUCCUUCCAGCUCAAUCUCUUCAUCCUCUCACUCACAAUCUCUCCCUCAGCUUUACUUGAUUCAAUUGGAUUAACAAUCUAAACAAUUAAAAGCUAAUUAUUUAUUA